AUGGCCCAAGUGAAUGAGCUGGUGUAUCUCGAAGCUGUUGUGAAGGAGGCGAUGCGCCUAAAUCCUGCCGUUCCGUCCAAUAUCCGAGAAGCUCUUGAAGACGUUGUGCUGUGCGAUGGGACUGUCGUAAAGGCCGGCGAGGCUGUGAGCUGGUCUUCGUAUUCCAUGGGACGGAUGCCUCACGUGUGGGGUCCCGAUGCGAAGCAGUUUAAGCCGGAGCGGUGGAUUGACGCCACAACCGGAAAACUUAUGGCUGUGUCGCCCCUCAAGUUUCCCUUGUUCAACGCAGGCCCUCGCGUGUGUCUCGGAACGAAGCUCGCCAUGAUGGAGAUCAAAAUCACCACCGCUAGCGUACUCAGCAAGUACAAUCUGACCGCUGUUCCGGGACACCAAGUCACCUACAGACUCAGCUUGUCACUCGCUAUGAAAGACGGAUUCAAAGUCAACGUCAGGAAGGCCACCGCAGCGUCCUUCGACGGAGUUGCCUGA